GAUGUGCGCAGACAGCGCAGCAUUGACCAAAAAGUAAAUGUGGACAUGUUUAUGACGUGAAAGGCAAGAUGGCUGAAGAAUCAGGGGAUGGCGUGUCAGCCCCUCUACCGGGUAGAUGCGGGUUUUACGUGGAAAGGAAGAGGCGAUACUGCAAAAUGGUAGUCGCAUGUGGCAAAACGUUUUGCGGAGAGCAUGCAAACGCGGGUCAAGAAGACACCAGAAAACGUAUCCCUUGUCCGCUGGAUCCCAAGCACACAGUAUUUGAAGACUGCUUGGCGAAACAUCUGAAGAAGUGCAACUCCAGAGAGAAGCCACAACCUGUGUAUUAUGUUAAAAAUAUCAAUGCUGGACCAGAAGAUGAGGAUGGACCUGCAGAUGAGGUGCCCUUGGCUGAUCGUGCCAAAGAAGAGUUAGACUCGUUGAUUAAGAAACUGAAGAAAGCUGUGCAUGGACUGAGCUGUAAACACGAGGAGAGAAUACUGUCCCACCCUGCUCUUUGUGAAGCUCUGAGCGACCCCAAAAAUGGAGACGUCGCCUUCAAACACCUAAAGCAGCAGGCCUCUCUCUUGGGGAAUAUGAAAGCCUUGGGCUUGCUGUCUACUGAUAGGUGUUAUGUGGAGUUUGGUGCAGGGAAAGGCAAGCUGUCCCACUGGAUCAAUGUCGCUCUGAGAGGGUCUGACAAUGUCCAUUUCCUGCUUGUGGAAAGGUCCACUACUCGUUUUAAGGUAGAUGGCAAGAACAGGAGUACUGACUCUGCUAACACGUUUGAAAGGCUACAAGUGGAUAUUCAGCAUCUUAGUUUACGUAAAGUCCCCUUACUGUGUGAGAAGGGGCUCCCUGUCAUUGGGGUGGGCAAGCACCUGUGUGGGGCAGCAACAGACCUGGCUUUGAGGUGCAUGCUGGAGGGCCCUGGGGGGGACAGCGGAGAUCACAGUGAACAGCCGCCCAGAAAGCGACAGAAGCGGGAGCAGCAGGGCGAGAGGCUGGGAGAGGACGCAGAGCCUGCCCCGGCCCCAGAGCCUGCCCCCACCCCCGCCGCAGACGUGGGGAAGGAGCUGGCAGUGUCUGGGCUGGCCAUCGCUCUGUGCUGUCACCACCGCUGUGACUGGAGGCACUACGUGGGGAAAGAGUUCUUCAGGGAGCGAGGGCUGGGCGCGUCGGAGUUCACCGCGCUCCAGCGCAUGUCCAGCUGGGCCACCUGCGGCCUGAGGAAGGCUACUGGCCGCAGUGACGGGGCCCCACCACCAGGGGACGGCAGCGAGCAGUGGGAAGAGGAAGACCAUGAGCAUGCAGAUGACUCCAUACCAAGCGGCCUAGACGGGCUCGUGUCCGCUGAGGACCGUGAGCACGUGGGGCGUCUGUGCAAGCUGCUGAUCGACUACGGCCGGGUGGACUUCCUGCGGCGGAAAGGCUUCCGCGCCGGCCUGCAGUACUACACCAGCAGGGACGUCUCCUUGGAGAACGUGCUGCUGACGGCUGUGCCCACCGGGUGAAGAAGCGCAGCAGGAACAUACGGGCACAGGACAACUGCCAUGGGCACACUCUGCACAUCAAGCAAACAUGGCACCGCAGCACCCCCAGUGGCCAGUGGCACAAAGUGCGCUUCCCGGUUUGCACGUUGAAGGACUUGCUGUUAGUUAAUAAACGACCAGUCAAAAAGAUCCAUUGCAUUAAAGAGUUUACUUGACUCCACAUGGCGGACAAGACGCAGUUGACAGGAGGCAGUGGCAGGACUCAGUUGACAGGAAGCAGAAGACAGGAAGAGGUAGACAGACGUAAUGGACAGGACUCUUAACAGGAAGCAGUAGAUAGACGAAAGCCAACAUGGAGAGCUGUGUCAGAGUGCUGCUUCUGUCCCCGGUACAGCUGGGAUGGUCACAGUUAAUAUUGAAGUGUAAUUUGUUGGGGGUUCUGAAAAACAUGCAGAAAUAAAAUCUUAAUGAAAACUGUUUA